AUGUGGUACAUUCUAGUCGACCCUAUCAUCCGUUGGCGAGACCUGCUCAUCUUUUACUGCUUGUCAGACGCCUAUGAGGGUUCAUUCCAGCCAGUAUGGAUAUGGCGCCGCGGCGCAAAGAAGAGGCAGAAGAUCAAGGGCCUCGGACUAUCGAGCCAAAGUCGAUAUCCGGAGGCUCUGGAGCUCACCUUGUGGUCCUGGUCAUUCAUCUGGGUGUUUGCGGUCAUCCUUGUGGCGCUUCCUCCCGCGGCUGGGGCCGUCGUGUCAUACGCCACACCACCAAUCGGAUGGAGCUGUCGAUCUCUGAGUUUCAUCAUCUACGCCGGUUGCCAGAUCGUUCUUUGCACAACAUACAUCUGCAGCCAGCGGAACGCCCAUGUGCCCGUCGGAAAACGACCCUGGCAUGAGCGUAUCCUGGCACAUAACAUCUGGAAUGUCCUGCCUCUGUUGUUCUCGGGCUUCUGCUGCAUCGGAGGUACAGUUAUGCAAACCGUUGGGGUGUUUAGGAAUUGCUUCUGCUAUGUCAUCACUGAUAAGUGGCUUAAGCUGGACCAGGCUUAUGUGAACCUGGCAAGUGACACUGAGGAGGCAAGGAACUCGACAGGCAACUGGAUAACAAUGGAUUACACUAUCUCGGGCUGA